AGUUUCUUUCAGAGCAAACCCGACUGUGGAGCUCCAAGUGAGGACGUGACACCUUGGUCCCAUUUAUUUUCCUUUAUCACAACGAGAGAAGGCGGACAUGGCGGUCCAGCAGCAACCGCAGCAAUACGUCGCGGUGACGACCACCACCCAUCAUGUGGCGGGAUGGAACACUGACAUGUGUGACUGCUGCGCCGACAUGGGCACCUGUUGCUGUGCCCUCCUGUGUUUCCCCUGCCUGCAGUGUAAGACGGCCAAGGACUUUGGCUGGUGCUGCUGGUGCAUGCCGCUCCUGGACUCAUGCUUCUGCUUCGCCGUGAGCUGCCACCUGCGCAGCUCCAUCAGACAGCGCUACGGCAUCCCAGGCGGCUGCUGCGACGACUGCUGCAAGGUGAUGUGCUGCUAUCCGUGUGUGUGGUGCCAGAUGUCCCGUGAAGUUAAUGUCCGAGAAAACCGCGGGGCCAGCACCUCUGUUGUUACCACGCAGGUCAUCAGAGGCUAGCACACCCAGCAUGUGCCAAUCGCCACGACAGGAGCUUCAACAGUUGUUUCAAUUACAGAUGUUUUAAAAAAAAAGAGAGUUCAAACGAGAAUGGUUUAUGUUUCUCUCGCAAACAUAUUAUUGAGUAAUUUUGUACCUCUUAUUUUGUAAUGUUCCAGUGGCCUUUUUUUUUUAAGCAAGUUAUAGGACUGAAAAAGCCAAAUUAUUUUUCAUUUUAUGUGACAUGUUAUAUGCCAUGCUUAGAAUUUUGCAUUCUUAUAUAAAAUAGUUUACUUCAGUUUGUGUCACAAUUUCAGCUUUCGGCAACAAUGUGCAUGUUCGAUAUAGUGUUUUUUGUUUUGCAUAAUGCCUGAA